AUGUGUCAUGGCGUCCAUCUGUCAUCGUCGUAAUCUUAUGUUCUCUGACAAUUAAAGUUUAUUUUGGUCCCAAUCGUAUACAAAUACAAUAUUUACCCUGACCAACAUUAUACUUGCAUUGAUGGUAAUGCAUGCAAGGAAAAUUCCAAGACUCAGCGAUGGGUAUCAUGAAUCGUUAGAAACCCAUCAGAUCAAGAGUCUGGGGAAGUAUGCUAGUCCAACAAAUAAUGGAACUCCGGCUCGAAAAGCUGACAGCCCUAUUAGCAAGGAAGACUCCAGAAGUCCACAUUCAUAUCAUCACAAGUCCUCAUAUGCCCAGAGGCAACGAGAGAAGGAACGAGAACGUGAAAAGGAAAAAGACCGAGAGCAGCUCAAAAGUAGAGGAAAUGGUCAUGAUAACAGUGGCAAAUUAGAUAGCAAGACAAGUAGCAGUCACCACUUAACACCAAAGGCUGUCAAUGACAACCGCAAUACAAAUCAUGACAGGACCAAGCUUGAAACGUUCGGUGACUGGUCUGAGCAAAUCAGCUCUUCGGGUAAGAAGUAUUACUACAAUUGUAAGACUGAAGUAUCGCAGUGGGAAAAGCCCAAAGACUGGAUAAACCGGUGGAUAACGACUGGAGAGAAUCCGUUUGGGCCCACGACAUCUAGCAACACGCCGCUUGAGCUGCCAGAUCCAAAGAUGAAGGAAUUGAGUAGAGGCUACUCCCAUACUGAUAGGCAUGAGAAACAUUCCAGUGACAGAAGACCAGCAGAACAUUCAAGACAGCAUAGAAACAAUUCGCUAUCUCAAAACAGCGAUUCAGGCCACCGGAUGUCUCAUGCGCAUGCUCAAGCGCAGGAGGUGGAGCGAUCACGCCAACGGUGUUCAUCGGGCAACCAGGAUCCGCGCAGUUUGUCGAUGUCACCAGGCAGCACUCCGACGGAGAUGCGCGACACGUUAGCCGGUGCAGCACAUGCGGCGGUCGCGGCCCAGAUCAUCUCUCAGCUGGCCACCAGCGCCGGCAAGCACGAAAUCACAGCUCAAGAAGCUCUGCAGACGAUACAGCAGGCUCUACUGUUCUCACAGCAAACAAGUGGUGCACAUACUUCAGUAAUGUCGUCGCACCCACUGCCGUCUCAGAGUGUCUCGCACAUCUCGCCUCGACCAGCUGGCGCCCCACCUCCAGUACACAUGAUACCUCUGCCCACAGGUGACCCGGGAGAGGAUGAUGCCUACAGAAGCCCAUCCGAAGCUAGCCGAGGGACAUCUGGUCGUGAUACCCCGUCCCCAAGCCCAGCACUGCCUGGAGCCAGCUCACUACAGAACAUCGCUUCCCUGGGAACAACGAGCUCGUUAGCAGCAGCGAUACGGCCAUCGACUGCAAGUUUGUCGCCGUCAUUAGCAAAUUACUACAAUUCUGCACUGAUGGGCCAUUUGACAGGCUGGCAGGCUGACUAUGCUGAACGACAGGCCAAUCGAUUCAGCGAAGAAGCCAAUGGGUACGGCAACCUACAGUGCACGCAGGUGUCAGCUGAGCUGAAGUCGGCGCGAUCCAUGGUGCGAGUGCAGGAAAUUAUGUCAACUCUGCAGGAGCAAAGAGUUUUAUUUUUACGAGAGCAGAUAGCAGACAACGAGGAGUCAAAAAAUAAGAAUUCCUUCAUGUAGCAUAGCCCAGUUCUUUGUACUCGGAUGGCUAUUCUGAGGAACGAGUCUGUGUGUAGUGGAGAGUGAGCCGAUCAAAUUGUGUCCGACUUCAGCGCGAGGAGAGAGCUAUUCGGACAUGAGACCACCUUCCCUGCUACAGCCCGUGGUUGUAAAUUUCCACCAGGAGGAUGUACAAUACGGAGACACCUCGUCUGCUUUCAUAUGAACUUUGUUAUCAUCUCGGCUGUGCCAUCGUGACACGCACACAGUCGAGCCAGCAUGCUGUACAUAGCUUUUCAACAGUGCUGUAGAAAUCCGUAUUUUGUAGUGAGUUUUGAUGAUGGUACAUAUGAGAGUUGGAGGAAUCGAGCAUAGCAAGUAUCACGUGUAAAAAAAGCCGCAUUAAUUUUCGCUAGGUUGAAUGAUUCGUAUUGUACUGUAGCUUAGCAGUGAGAGCAAUCGAGAAUUGAUCACUCGAAGAAGUCAACCAUUUUUAAUCCACCAGACCGAUUACACUCUAAAAUCGUUAGGCACAGAGUAGAUGUAACAUUAUUUAUUAUAAACUGUUAAUGCACUAGAUUUGCGAGAGCUGCUCUGUUACUAAAUAUUAUUUCGAUCAUGUUGAUGCGAUUAACAUGGCAAGGUGAUGAUGACAAGACUGUGGGAGGCAACUGCUGUUAGCAUGGUCUAUUGUUACUCGCGCAAGACUAGGUUCUGCCAAACCUCUGGUGGAUAACCACUUUUUACAUGACAAUUUGGGUUCAUGUUUUUGAUUCAUGUUCAUGCCUAUUCAAAUUGUGGCACUUUUCCUCUAGACGUAUUCAAAUGGUUUGAGAGAUUGGUAUUGACAAUAGUGCCUAGUUUCAAGCCCGCCCAACAUUUUCUUGUUUUACUCACUAGGUGGCAAUGUGUAUGUUUCUUUCCCAUAGCCUUGGCCACCUAAGAGGUGAACUAUAAGAAAUUAGCAGUGUUCAAUUACAGUAGCAGCGUUUACCACUUGUGUGCACAUUAAAUGUGAUGGAGGCAUGGUGUAUAAAACUGCGAAACAGCUUCUUGUGAAAUAACCAGACUAAUAGGUAAAGUGAUAGUGUCUCUUGCAUACCAAGUUCUGCAGAUGUGUUGCAUAUGUAUUAAUUUGUUCUGCUUGUAAACUGGCACCAGAUAACAGUUUUAAGAUGUGAAAAUUUGAUCCUUGUUAAGUCGUAUCAUAGGUAAUGUUUGCUACGUGGCAUAAGAAUGUAUAAAAUUACAGGAUUUGACCAAACAAACACUGCUAUGGACUAACUGGUACUUUUAAAAUUGCAUGUAAUCAUCAGUCCUGCCAAAAUUUCAAAAAUUUCAAAGUUCGUUUGAAUUAUGUAUAAUUAAAGCAGUAUUUUUACUAAGCACUAGUACUAAGCGAUCAACUUUUUUUUAUCACGAGAAGUUGCAAAUAAUGUUUGCAUUAAAUGUUCAUUUAAGUGCUCAUUUGUCUUUAAUGUGCUGGCAUUAAACAUGCACCUUUAAAAAUGUUGUCAGGCCAACAAUUAUUAUUUUUUAGUGUACUGACACCUACUGGUGGAUACGCGAACUAGCUUGACCUCAGUCGCUGCACCAGACCUAACCUUUUGGUCUGUGGUGUGAAUUUUUGAUAAUGUCAUGAUUUUGUCACUAAGAAUUUGAAAAAAAUUUGGAACUGUUCGCAAUGCUGUUGCAACCAUGUUUUGGCAUGAAAAAUGUAGGGAUCAUUAUCAAGGAAUCUGUACUCCUAGCCACAUUAUCUCUGAUGAGCGAGUAGGAGGGGACAUAUUGAUCAGAUGUCUUAUAUAUGGUUAUAUUUCGUUGUACCAUGUCUCUGUAACAGGAACACUUACCUGCCUUCUCAACCACACCGAUUGCUGCAUGUUUGUCCGAGGAUGGUUCUUUGUCGCACACCAUAACAAUCUAUAUUGUACUCAAUUGUUUACACGUUUAUAAUAUUCUGUAUUCCAUUCCCUUCUACACCCAGAAAUGGAAAUUACAGCAUUUUGCAUUCAGUACGUCAGCGAGGAAUAUACAUGGUUAUUAAAUGGCGUACAGCCCCCCUGUUGCGAAACUGCUAGUGAAACACAAUCUGAAGUGACUGCCAGUAGUUGUGUAUCUGUUUCAAGAUACAACUUAUGCUUCAGGUUAUGCUUAAAACAUGUUUACAGAGUGUAAGCAAGAGUAGCACGAUGUUCUCAACCUUCACGUACUUGUCGCCGGUUGCACAGUGGUGGUAAACCUCCACCGGAUGUGAUGUGGCAUAUAUUGUUAAAGAAAAUGCAUCUGCACUUUUCACCGCGUCUGCUUUGUUGCCUACGUGAACUAGAGUCAUGUGAGACCGAGAAAGGGAAGGGGAAAGAGAAAACGAGAGAGAGGUGGACAGGGAACAAGAGGGUUGGUAGAGAUAACGGGAGUGCAGGAGAGAUAGGUAGGGGGGAGGAAGAGAAGGGGAGCGAGCACAAUAUAAUCAGAAACGCAAGAAAGGAUCUUCGCAGACCUUCGACAUGCGGUUGGGUUUACAAAUGUUCGUUCUCAUAUCUAGGUUUACCUUGGCGGCAUCUCAGGUAGUAGCACUUACUGUACCGCACGCCCCUGCGAUGUUUUACAGUGCAUGGUUCUUAUUUAGUAGAACAUCUUUCUUCCUGCAUGCAGUGUGGACAUGAUGUCUCGAGCGCACUCGUGGGGUGUGAGCGAGAUGCGAUUGGGCUCAUUUCCCUGCCUUCGUGGAAUGCGGGCAUGAAGUUUGGAGCACACAGGUUUAUGUGACUGCGCAGGUUGUUACCUACCUUCGCAUUUACCUACCUUCGUGGGACGUGGCUUAAAUGCCUAAGGCUUAUUUCGCUGGCUUCAUAGGAUGCAGGGGUGAUAGCUGAGCACAUUUGCUUAUCACAGUGUUUGCGUAGAAUGUUGUAAACCAAACUUGCCAGUCAAACAUGGGAAUCCGUUAACAAAUAGACAGCAUGAGUACCGUACUGCGCGACAGAGUAAAAGUGGCGCUUUCUCGUGACAAUGUGUAAACCAAACAGCAUUCAGCACAGCUUGUGAGGCUUGAGAAUCGAGUAGACUUGAGUAUAGCUAAGUAUUUUUAUACUGAGACACUGCACAGAUGGUGUUUGUAAAUUAGACUUGACAGCUAGUGUCACCUGUUCCAGUGUUUCUCGUUUGUUUGAGGUCGCUGUUUCAUUUGCUGGAUUUGUUAGGGACAAUAAAGUUAUUAACUGUAAAACGUAUGGCUUCGAUUGGUUUCUUAGAACGGCAUUGAGUGUCUUGAAACUUAUGGAGUAGAAAUUGGGUUUGCUGAGUAGACCCAUGGUAAUGGUUACACACUUAACAAUAUGUGUAUAGUUAGUUAUUUCCACAAAUGUAAAAUAUGUGAUGGGUAAUAAAAUACAGAUGAUGCAAUA